UAACAACAACAGCGAGGGAUUAGGCAUCGACUGAGCAACCAGGAAGUCCAUUUAGGACAAAGCAGCGUUAAAAAUCCUCUCAGACUGUAGACGUGAUCGUCAUCGCUGCCCUGCCUGUUGGACCGGACAGCUGCUCAAGAUCUGUGGGAGAAAAAAUGGAAGCACACAAAGGAAGGAUGAAAUAACUCCUGGACAAUCUCUCCUCUUUGCUGCUCUGAUAUUGCACUCCUGACGUGAAGUGAGAGGAGGUGAGCCGGUUGGAGUGAUGCCUGGGCCACUGAAAUAGAAACGAGAGAGAGAGGGGCAUCGCUAGAUAUGAGGAGCAUGCGUCAGCACUAAGGUGAGAGAGAGACAACAGAGAUGAGCGAGGUGGAGAGUGAGGUAUAGAGAAAGAGAGAUUGAGGGUAGAGGUCAUUAUCGUGGCAUUAGAUGGGGCGACUGAAAUCGAACCUGACAGAUUUGUCACCUUCAAGCGCCACACCUUGUCUGCAUCAUCCCAACGCUCCAUCCUGACUGCAGCAGCACUAAGGACCCACGAGGGAUUUCCUCGCCUCAUGGGACAAUAACGAUCAAUAAAUUAUUUUUUGAAUGAUCCAUUGUGUACCUUUGGAAGCUGUCUCUGAAGAUUGAAACCAUGUGAAAGGGACACACACUACUUCCUCAUCUUCUUCUACAUCUUUCAACAGAGGAGGAAGAAUCCAGCACACAUCAAUGCAAAAAUAAGGAUUAUGUUCUUGCUGCACGAAGAAUCGUUGUCUGCAGGGAGUCAUCUGUAAAAUCUGAUCACCUGGUCAGUCAGUGAACACAACCCUGUUCUGACUGUGUGAAAUUGAGGAAUUCAUUGUCCGGCCAUUUUCUUCAUAUGCUGACUCAGCCUAAAUGAGGACGACAAUGAAGGUGGGCGUAUCGGGAGGUGUCCAGCAUCUGAAAUAACGUAACCCUGCACUGUGAAUGACAUGCAGAUCACUGUUCUUGUCAUCCUAAUGACAGUGUGGACCUCGAGGCAGGCUGACUGACCGACUGGCUGAGUAAGUGCGUGAGCUGCUCCCAGAGUGAAGCUGUGGCUAUCUGAGCACUUUGAGGACACGUAGCCCCGGGGAAAUACCAGCCGGGUGGUGGAGCCCCAUGAUGGGGGAGACGGCGGAAUACCAGAGGCUGCAGGACACCUCAGAGCCUGACUACCAACGCGUGCCCAGCGAUGAUGACGAGAAACUCGGCAGUAGCAUGCAGUGUGAGGAGGGCACAGAAUGGCUGCUGGAGCUGCUGAUGGAGGUGCAGUUGCAGCAGUAUUUACUGCGGAUCAGAGAUGACCUUAACGUCACGCGGCUGUCACACUUCGACUACGUGAAGAAUGAAGACUUGGAGAAGAUCGGCAUGGGUCGACCAGGGCAGAGACGACUGUGGGAAGCUGUGAAAAGGAGGAAAGCCAUGUGCAAGCGCAAGUCCUGGAUGAGCAAGGUGUUUAGCGGGAAGCGCCCAGACGGAGGAGACAUCCCCCAGCAGGGCCAGCCGGCCUCCUCCUUUAGAAAGUUGUCCCCCAUGCCUCCCCUGGGCCUGGGGGAGGGAGUCCUGGCCACACAGCCUGGUGGAGGUGGCGGUGGUCCCCUUGAUGGGCAGCAGCAAGCUCUGACCUGUCUCAUCCCUGAGAAGGACUUGACUUUGUUUGAGAAGCUUGGGGACGGCUCCUUUGGCGUCGUGAAGAGAGGAGAGUGGCUAACACCUGCAGGGAAGGUGCUGAAUGUAGCUGUGAAGUGUCUGAAGACAGACGUGCUCAGCCAGCCCGACGCUCUGGAGGAUUUCAUCUGCGAGGUCAACGCCAUGCAUUCCCUGGAUCACCAGAACCUCAUUCGCCUCUACGGUGUGGUGCUCACACACCCAAUGAAGAUGGUGACGGAGCUGGCUCCUCUGGGUUCUCUGCUGGAGCGUUUGCGAUGUGUCCGUCCACAGGGUCCAGUGUUGAUCCACACUCUGUGUCAGUACGCUGUACAGGUGGCCUGUGGCAUGGCCUACCUGGAGCAGAGGCGCUUCAUACACAGGGACUUGGCAGCCAGGAAUAUCCUGUUGGCCUCGGCUCAGAGAGUGAAGAUCGGUGACUUUGGCCUGAUGAGGGCGCUGCCUAACAACCAUGAGCACUACGUCAUGCAAGAGCAUCGCAAGGUCCCUUUUGCAUGGUGCGCCCCCGAGAGUCUGAAGACCAGAACGUUCUCCCAUGCUACAGACACAUGGAUGUUUGGCGUCACUCUCUGGGAGAUGUUCACACACGGUCAGGAGCCUUGGCUGGGUCUCAAUGGGAGCCAGAUUCUGCACAAAAUUGAUAAAGAAUGUGAACGCCUCCCAAAGCCAGAGGACUGUCCGCAGGAUAUCUAUAACGUCAUGCUGCAGUGCUGGGCACAGAAACCCGAUGACAGACCUACGUUUGUUGCCCUGAGAGAGUUCCUGCUUGAGUCAAUGCCCACAGACAUGUGUGCUCUGCAGGACUUUGACGAACCUGACAAACUACAGAUCCAACUCAAUGAUGUCAUCACCAUCAUAGAGGGAAGGGCAGAGAACUACUGGUGGCGAGGUCAAAACAAGCGUACUCUUCAGGUGGGGCCAUUCCCCAGAAAUGUGGUGACAUCAGUGGCGGGUUUGUCGGCCCAUGAUAUCAGCCGGCCACUCAAGAACAGCUUCAUCCACACUGGACACGGAGACAGCAACCCUCGGCACUGCUGGGGCUUCGCUGACAGGAUCGAUGAUUUGUACCUCGGGAAUCCGAUGGAUCCUCCUGACGUCCUGGGUUUAGAUCUCAGUGGGACUCGACCCACACAGCUUCCAGGACGAGCUAAAAAGGAGCCUCCUCCCCGCCCUCCUCAACCAGCCGUGUUAAUCAAGAGUAAGUCUGGUCUCUCUCAGCAGCUCCUCACCCAUUGCUCCUGCCCUCUCUGUUCCCUCCUAGCUCCACUCCUCAAAGAGCCUUGCUACGAUCCCGUAAAUGAGGACGAGGAUCUGACCUCCGUAGGACUAAAGAGAUUAUCACUUCGAAAGACUGGUUCUGUCAAAAGCUUAAAAAUUAAACCUGCUGCGUGGGUCUCUGCUUCCAAACAGGGGAUUAGCCGUAGUCCAGGCUCAGGCUACAACCACAACGGCGAAGUGUCCCUAAUUGACUUUGGGGAAGAGUUCCCCCCGUCCACUCCCUCCCCCUCCCCUGUGGUAGAAGUUCAGAUCCCCUCUCUGGCGGAGCUGGCUUUGGAAGCUGAGAACAUCAUGGACCGCACUCCUCCUCAGAGUCCGUCCAGAUCGUUACCCCGCCCGCUUCACCCCACACCAGUAGUGGACUGGGAUGCCCGACCUUUACCUCCACCCCCAGCCUAUGACGAUGUCGCCCGAGAUGAAGAUGAUAUGGAGGUGAGCUCCAUCAACAGCUCAGAGCAGCAGCAUGAAGAAGAGCAGAGCGAUGUUCUUCACCCAGAUGAGGCUGAUGUGGCUCCCUCCUCUGGACAGAAGGAGCAGGUUGAUGCUCUUGUCUCCAGGGGUCCAGGUCUGGAGGACAACCUCUUCCUCCCCAGCAAGCAGAGCCAGGGCCUGUCCACAUCUUUCUCCCAGUCGGCAGAAAUCUUCCAAGAACUCCAGCAGGAGUGCAUGAGGAGGCUCAACGUACCGAAAGGCAGCGCUGCCCGGUUGAGCUCGCCCUCCCAGACGUUUGUGUUGUUUCCCCACUCUCCUCUGACCCAAGAGGGAGAAGAGCAGAGCGUCUUCUCCUCCUGUGAAGACAAACCCCAAAUCCCCCCUCGUGUUCCCAUCCCUCCUCGCCCCAUAAAAAGGGGUGACUACACAUCUGCUCGCUGGUCAAGAGAUCUUUCUCUUUCACCGACACCAGCAGACGCCACAGAGGACGUUUCAGGCCUGGAUCAGAACCGACCACCUCAGAUCCCUCCAAGGGACCCUUUGUCUCAGCCGGGCUCCAGGACUCCCAGCCCCAUGGGCCUGUUAGUGGGCUCCCCCCAGCAGAGAAUUUACUCUGUCAGCCCCACCACCAUGCAGGCUCCCCUUACAUCCUGCCCCCCCACACACGCCUAUGGCUCCUACCUCUCCACCUCUCCAGGUAAACUCAUGCCUACCACACACAGCUUCGCCUCAGAUCCUAAAUAUGCUGCACCCAAAGUGAUCCAGGCGCAGGGGAAGGACCCUGCCAGUAAGGGCCCCUGUAUCCUCCCCAUUGUACGUGAUGGACGUAAAGUGAGUAACACCCACUAUUACCUUCUGCCGGAGAGACCACCAUACCUCGACCGAUACGAUCGCUUCUUCAGGGAGGCAGAAAGCCUUCCUGCGAGUGGUAUGGAGGAAAGGCAUGUACGGCAAGCCAACACUGCCACCGUCAGACCCAUGGUGGUCAGCAACCAGACUGUCCAGGGACAUGCCCAGGGACAGGGCCUUGUCCAGCUGGGUGAGCUGAAGGCUAAUUUCUCCUCCAACAAUAACAGCAGUCUGGGUGGACCACGGUCAGGGAUGAGGACAUCACUUAGUCUCCCUCGCGUCGCGUCGGAAGGGUUGACAGCACCAGCCGUCACUGGUUCCUGUACUAGGACAGAUGGAGGAGCGAACUCAGCUGACAGGGUCAAAAUGGUGCAGGAGGCAGUUCAUGGUGUUACGAUAGAGGAGUGCCAAGCUGCUCUGCAGAACCACAACUGGAACGUCCAGAAAGCUGUGCAUUACCUAAAGGUGGAGCAGUUGUUCUGUUUGGGUCUGAGGAGCAGGUCCGAGUGUCUAAAGCUGCUGGAGAUGUGUGACUGGAACCUGGAAGUGGCCAGCACGCAGAUGUUAGAUAACUAUGGAUCCACAAGGCAGAGACGGUGACAGAAAUCUCAAACUGCUGAGCUCUGACUGGAACUUCAUCCUCAGUAAAACAUCAUCAGAGGAGGUGAUUCAUUUCCUUUCUGCUUGACACCUCCAAUAAGAAGACUGUUUGACUUAUCACCAAAAACACAAAUUCAUUAUGGUUCAUUCAUACUGACCAUGGACACAGGAAAUUAGCUCUGGGGCAGAAAAUACAAAUUUUUGACAUAUUUCAACUUUGUUCUUAAAAAUGCGUCAUUGUUGCACUUUCUAACAAGUUGUCUACCGGCAUCCACCUUUUUUUCAAGGUUGUUAAAGGCAAAAAAGGGUCAGCCUAAAAUGUGUCACUCAAACACUUCUAUCAGAGUCUGUGCUACCAAACUGUCAAUCAUCACUGUACACUGAUGGCCAAGUGCAGAGAGAUUCUUUAAUGUCUUUCUAUUGUAAAUGUCAUCAAACAGUCAGGUUGGGUGUGAAGCUGUAGAUGAGAUGACGAGCACAAUAUACACAUUAGCACUUUCUAACCCUAGCUUGGAGAGCUUGCACUGUCUCAACUAAAGAUUGUACAGUGAAUGUACAGUUGGGUCUUUCAGAAUGAACAUCCUGCUUUGCAGCUGAGGAAUCUGCAUCACCAUGUGAGGCAAGGGUUUCAAGAGCAGUGAAAAAUAAGUCAUAGACUUCCACAACAUCUAGGCACAGCACAUCACAAAGUUAAUAUUUGACUGGCAGGACAUCAUUUUGCCUGUUAUUAAGAGGUGUGUGAUCACAAAG